AUGAGUUAUUCGGAAGACACAAUAAUUAUGAGCCGUGACGAUGAUAAUAUCGAUCAUUUGAUGAGCAAACUCGACCUUUUUGGAUCAUUGGAGUUGCAGAAAUAUCUCGACGGACAAACGAACUGUCAACUUGAAAGUUCCAACUUGGAAAAUACCGCCUCACCCAGUGAUGGAGAAGGAGAAGAAAAUUCGAUGGAAUACAGCUACUCUCCUCGGGGUUUAAAUUUAUCUACUGGAAUAGCUAAUAAUGGCUCGAGUUGUUGGCUAAACUGUUUGAUUCAAAUUAUGUUUAACACGCCUGGAGUCGAAUUUUCUUUGCACCAGUUUGCCACCAAGCCUUUCCUUGAGAGAAUGAGAGACACCAAAGACGGCAACAGAAACAAAGUGGCACUCAUGUUUCUUCUCCGUUCGGUAUUCACCGAUUUGAGGUUUUCGGCAGAAAGAGCAAUUAAUAUAACAUCAAUCAUAAAAGUUGUUGACCAACUUUCCCCACAUCCUGUGAGUAAUCAACAACAAGAUGCCAGCGAGAUGCUCCAAAACAUCGUGAUCUGGCUGAAAGACGCGGUGGACGCUGCAGUGGCUUUCCAACGGAUUCAUGUCCGUGAAUGUCAUGAAGACAUCCGUCUGAUGGAACAAAAGCUUAAAAUUAUCAAACUACAAGAAGAUCGUUUUGAUAGAAUAUUCGCAUCGAAUAUGUAUGAGGAGACGUUGGGACUUCGGGUGCACAUCCAAAAGAACAGUCUUCGCGAAUCCUUCGAGAAAUUUUUCUUUGCAAAUGAUGCUUAUUCUGUGGAUGUGGUGAUGGUGCAGAUUGUAAGACUUGCACAGGACGGAAGGAAACUUCACGACAAUUUUCUAUUUCCUGGAAAUUUAGUGACUGAAUCUUCCGCGACGAAAGAGAAGUGCUACUUCAAGCUGACCUCUGUUAUGGUUCAUCGAGGAGAAUGUGCUCAGUCCGGACACUUCUAUUGCUUCACACUCAGGGAUGCAAAGGAUCGACGUUGGGAGAAAAUGGACGACGUCCAUGUAUCGGAUGUCUCUUGGGAAGAAGUGGAGCGGCACUCAUAUGGUACGGGAUCGGAUGACACUUCAUCAGCUGUUUUGAUUGUCUAUACAAAAGUUAAAGAUGCCACGGAUGACUUCACCUACGAUGUUACUCCGAAUGCACAUGUUGUUGAUGUUCCAGGAAUCUCUCUUCCUCCAGCUAGAACAUCCAUCUCGAUGGAAACGCUCUCCGCCAACCCACUGCAUGGUCAUGUUGUUGAUGCUCCUGUAUUCUAUCAUCAACAGAAUCAUUCGAGUAGAACCUCAAUUUCGAUGGAAUCUCUCAACUAUCCGAGUCCUGGUGAUGCUCAUCAAACGGAAGAACAGUUACCUGAAAAUCAACUGACGAAGAAUCGGAAGACUCCGGGAUGUUACCUCAAUCAAUGUAUCAAAUUCCUGCACACCAAAUCAGAAAACGUUGGCAAGCCUUUCGUAAGGACAACAUUCUAUGCAAACUUUAAGAAUGUCGUGUACUAUAAAGGAACAGCAACAACACUUGGCCGAGGUCUUCAGCCCCUUCUUCACGAUGCGAUAAUAUCUUCUGAAUACAAGGAUUUUAGAAAAUGUCAGAUGCUGUUUGUCAUGAGUAUUCAGAUUACUAAUCAGAGUUUUUUGUAUAGACUGGCAAAGAAUUCAUUCAGCAUCACCCUCGAUAGAUUUUAUCGAAUCGAAGUAUGCGAAUAUCAGUCGAAGAAAUUUUCAGGAGUCCAUAAGUGCCCAGGACUUGUGAAGGAAAUAGCAAUAAAGCCGACAUCCGAUCUGCAGACAGGACAAAAUCUGGUAGCACAUCCAAUGAGUAGUAGACGAAAGAUGAUCAGAGAUAACAAAUCAUCCAAUAAAGUUUGUCGAACAUCGCUGAGUGGUGGUGCCAAGAAAAAGAGAAAGGAACGAAAUGCACGGAGCGAAGUAGGAGAUAAAAUUCUUGGAAUCACCGAAACCAAAACUGUGACUUCAUGGAAUGAAUCAGGGAUUGAAUUGCAAAGGAAAAUAGGAUUUGGAGCCUAUGGAUCGGCAUACUCUGUGAAGUACGGUGGGAAAACUGUCGUGAUGAAGCUCAUAGGAAUCCGGGACAACGAGCAACUCCUCUUCAAUGAACUCAUCAUAACACAACAGUUGGGAAAACUCGCGAAAAACAGAGUUUGUCCGAAUUUCCUUGAAUAUUGUGGAUCCCAUGUGAUGACCGACGUGCCUGUUGGGAUGAGAAGAGAUCCAAAAGCGAUACGACACUUGGCAAUAUUGAUGGCUCGUGGAGGAGGAGUUCUGGACAAUUGGAAGUUUAAAGACUACCGUCAAUGUGUCUCAGUAUUCUGCCAGUUGGUUAUGUCGUUAAAAGUGGUCAAGGAUUCAAUAAAUAUGGUGCAUCGGGACAUCCAUUUGUGGAACGUCCUCGUUUCGCGAACAAAAACGACAUGCCUAGAUUAUUCAAUGGAUGGGAAGGUUAAAUUAAAUUCCUACGGAGUUGUGAUGCACUUAAUCGACUUCUCGAAGAGUCUAUAUGGAGGACAAAAUAAGAAAACGAAUGAGGACAUGAAUGAUCUGAAAUAUGUUGCAGUUUUGAUAGUCGACAAUUUGAAAGGGAAAGAAGAAGACAAAGAGAAACUUCGCCAAGCUUUUAUAAAUGUACCAUCAGCCAGAACAUUGGAGGAACUGUGCGAUGAUGAGACACUUUUCAAAGAGAUUCGUAUUUAG